UCCAUAAAAAUCUAAUGGGAACACUGACCAUAUCGUUGUUGGCUCUGUUAACGCUCCUGUGCUUCCACGGACCGCAACCUGCGCCCAAUUGUUUACCGCACAAGUCUAUAUCAACAUCUACGUACAUCUUCGUAUUUAAAUGCAUGCAUACUCAUCGGCCAUUGGCAAGUAACUCAAGAUUUUUAUAAGGAUGCGCAAAGUAGGAGGAUGGAUCUGGUUGUUGUUGGCGAUGAGCUUGAUGAGCUCGGUGAUCGGUGGAGCUGAGGUUCCGGCCAUGUUCGUGUUUGGGGACUCGUUGGUGGAUCCGGGGAACAACAACAACCUGACAACAUUAGCAAAGGCUAACUACAAACCUAACGGCGUUGAUUUCCCUGAAGGAGUCACGGGGAGGUUUUGUAAUGGCGGUACCGUUGCAGAUCACUUGGGCUUUCGCAUGGGACUACCGCUCAUCCCUCCAUAUAAUAAUCCAAACACAGUGGGUUCGAAAAUAUUGCAAGGAGUAAAUUAUGCAUCCGCUGCGUCUGGAAUUCUUAAUGAAACAGGAACUCUAUUUGGACAAUUAUUCCCGCUGGACGAACAAAUCCAAAAUUUUGGGAAGACGUUGGAAGAAUUAAACUCUCUCCUGGGAGGAGAUGUUGGAGAUUACCUCAAGAAUUCUCUGUACUUUGUUUGUGUUGGCAACAAUGACUAUCUCAACAACUACCUGCUCCCUCUCUCUAAUAAACCUAAGAAAUACACGCCUGAAACUUUUGCUGACCUACUCCUGCAUCAUUUCAACAGGCAACUCAAGGAUUUGUAUAAUUUAGGAGGGAGGAAAUUUUUAAUCACUGGCCUCGGACCGCUUGGGUGCAUCCCGGAGCAGAUAGGGAACUCGGGGAAUACGUCGUCAUGUGUUGAGUCAACAAACCACUUGGCAUCAGUCUUCAACUCCAAACUCAAGGCAAUGCUCGACCAGUUGAAUAUUGAUCUCGAUGGCUCGUACUUCCUCUACUGGGAUACAUAUUCUUCAACCUUAGACGUUAUCACUAAUUAUUCAAGCUAUGGGUUCAAAUACCAACACAAGGCGUGUUGUGGAGCUGGACGAGCAAAGGGUCAGAUCAUAUGUCUUCCAGUAUUACCUCUAAAGUGCCACGACCGGAGAGAUUUUGUUUUCUGGGAUCCUUACCACCCUACUGAUGCUUUUAAUGUCAUUGCAUCCCGGCUCGCAUACCAAGGAAAUCUGCAACACUCGUUCCCCAGAAACGUACAGGAGCUUAUCGAGUCUUAAUUAUAAGAAAAUGUUGCCUAGCUACUUGCACUGAAGUUUAAAGCGAUGGAUGACUUUCCUCUAAUUAAUAAGGUGUACAUGCAUCCUCACAAAAGGAGGGGGGAAGAAAAUCAUAUCCCUGUAAAACAUAUGUUUAUAUUUUAUUGAAGAU